AUGCCUGUGGAUGGGGUGUCUUUCUUCUCCGCUGGUUUGCCGAAAGAAAAGCCACCGGAGGUCUCCUUUUUCUCUUCUGGCUUACCAAAAGAAAGCCCUGACGAUGGUGGUUUGCUCUCAGCGGGUUUACCGAACGAUAAUCCUGCCGAUGGCUCUUUCUUCUCUUCAGGUUUGCCAAAAGAAAAGCCCCCUGUAGAGGUGGCUCCCUCCUUCUUUUCUGCUGGCUUUCCAAAGGAGAAGCCCGACAGCGUAUCUUUUUUCUCUUCUGGUUUACUCAAGGAAAAUCCUGUCAGGGGAGUAUCCUUCUUCUCUGUAGUACCAAAAGAAAAUCCAGAUGAGCCUUCCUUCUUUUCCGCUGGUUUACUCAAGGAAAAUCCUGUCAGAGGAGUAUCCUUCUUCUCUGUUGUACCCAAAGAAAAUCCAGAUGAGCCUUCCUUCUUUUCCGCUGGUUUUCCAAACGACAAUCCAGAGGAAGUUGUGGUGUCUUUCUUUUCUUCUGGCUUGCCGAAUGAGAAUCCAGGUGAAGCGUCUUUCUUUUCCGCUGGCUUACCAAAGGAAAAGGCCGAACUUGAUGCGGUGUCUUUCUUUUCGUCGGUUUUCCCAAAUGUAAAUCCUGAUGCUUCCUUCUUCUCUUCUGGUUUUUGGAACGAAAAUCCCGAGCUGGCAGUGCUCUCCUUCUUUUCUUCUGGUUUGCUGAAGGAGGAACCAGGAGUAGCAUCUUUUUUGUCAGUGGUACUUCCAAAAGAAACAGCAGGUGUAUCUUUCUUUUCGUUUUGUUGGCCAAAAGAGAGUCCAGAAGCAGGUGAGCUCUUGUUCUCUUCGGGCUUUGAGAAAGAGAAGUUUGGUUUGGGGCUCUCCUUCUUGUCUGUAUUGCCGAACGACAAUCCUGGCUGA